AUUGAGGAAGUAGAAAGAAGACGUCAAUCAUUUGCCGUUGAGAGUCAUGAGCAGGACUUGAUACCAAGAGACAGACAACAUGAGCCCAGCUCUGAUGCAGUCCGGUACAGCCCUCUCCGGAAGGCUGUAUAGAAGACCCUGUAUUCUAUUCAUCCUGGUGGCAGUGGCUGUCUCCCUGACCUACACCACAUUCACCUUGAAUUGGUGGAACGACCCACAGCGACCCUUGGUAAACAAUCACACUGGAAAGUCUCCUGAUGAUGAUCAGGUGAACACGCGUGUCUUGGCCAAUUGGAAUGGUGUCCAAUGGGAGGAUCCCGGGCGGUACCACGUGGCGUACCCGCGGGGGUACAAAUUCGUAAUGGACGAGCCGGAGAAGUGUCGGACCGGGAGUCAGGCCCCGUUCCUGGUGCUGAUGGUCCCCGUGGCGCCUGGUAACCUGGCCUCCCGGGACGCCAUCCGCAGGACGUGGGGUAAUGAGACCCUGGUGCAGGGGAAGAAGGUACAGAUGCUAUUCAUGCUAGGACUUCCUGGAGGAUCAGGUGCUCAGGAGCUGCAGGAGAAGGUGAACCAGGAGAGCCGGGCGCACCACGACCUCCUCCAGAGCGACUUCAUGGACACCUACCAUAACCUGACCAUCAAGACCAUGGUGAUCCUUGAGUGGCUCGUCUCGCGGUGCCCCGAGGCCUCCUACGCCAUGAAGAUCGACUCAGACGUGUUCCUCAACGUCCAGAACCUUGUCUCCAUGCUGGUCAACCCUGAUACUCCAAAACAGAACUACAUGACCGGUCUAGUCUGGUGGCACAGCCCGGUGCUGAGAAACCCCAACGAGAAGUUCUUCCUGCCUUAUGAGGUGAUCGCUGAGUCUGAGUAUCCCCCGUACCCUCUGGGGUUUGGUUACGUCAUGUCCAUGGACCUACCCAAGAAGAUCCUGGGGGUCUCUCCACAGAUCAAGCCCAUCUAUAUCGAGGAUGCCUACCUGGGGAUGUGUCUGAAGCGGCUGGGCAUCUCCCCCACCGACCCUCCCAGCCAGUCGCUCUUUGCUGUCAACCCCUUGAACAGCUACGAGCUCUGCAAACUGUCCACUGUGGUUGCCGUGAUGACGACCAGAGUGAGCCAGCUGCUGAAGUACUGGCAGGAAUACACAAGGCCCGGCCCGCCGUGCUGAGAGGGUAAUCACCACAGCAACAAUUGCUACUUCCUCUUUGGAAAAGGGAAACCAUGGAGACACUUCCUGUAUGUUCCCCUUCCUGGAAAUGUGGAAUUUGAACUUUGGGUAAGAGACAUUAGCUCUUGCGUAAGAGACAAAUCUGUUCGGUCUUGUUGGGAGAUCCGUAGGUUGUUUGUUAUUUUGCUAAUGUAUGCCUCAACCCCUCCCUUUACAUUGACUGUUGUGCAGUGAAGGUGGAUAGGUUUGGGAGAGGGCUUACUGGGCCUUUCUCAAUACCUUUCAUCUGCUACAUGCUGCAACAAAAAGAGCCCUCGCUGCAUAUUUAUAUUAUACCUUAGAGCCUUAAGGCUGGAUUCUAUCAGAUCCGCACUAGCCGACACCUGCAUAGCGGUUAUUUUGGUGGUGUCAGAGGUGGAACUGUCAAAUCCACAAGCGGCUCCCGGCAUUAUACCUAAAGCGGACAUUGCCAUUGGCUGCAAGGAGUGGCACAAGAAAUCCGAUGCAGCCUUGUUUAUUAGUUUGGCAACACUUUACUUGACACACAGCAUCAUAACAUGUUAUGACACUGUCAUAACCAUGUCAU